GGCUCAAUUUCUUCCCGAUUCCGAGUCAAACUGAGAGAAGGCAAAACCCUCUCAUCGAGGUUUAAUAUAAGAAAGUUACAUGUUCCUUGAAGAAGCAAAAUUGACGGUCUUUACUGAUUGAAGAAUCGAAGAAAAUGGCGUUGACGAAUUUCAUAUUGACAGUAGCGGGUGUGGGUGCAGUAGUUCUUUUACUGAGGAGCGAUGUGAAACAAUCAGCUGCUAUAUUCAGGCGCAAUGUAAAACAUAUUCGUAAUUGGCUCGAAGAAGAAUCUUCUAAUGCUUCAAAGGCUGGGGAGAAGAUAAAGCCCAAGGAAUUGGAGUCAAAACUUCCAGAGAAAGAUACCCCGAAGGAGAACUAACGUUUGUUUUUGCAAUGGGCUGGUAUAUUAUGAGAGUUUGUACUUUUUUUUUUCCUGGUAACUUUUGUGACUUUUUGACGAUUUAUUGAGAAUAAGUCGUGAUUACCCUUGCAACAAACUAACUGGAAUUUAUAUUUGUUAUGGUCUGUUAAUAUGCUUAUAUGUAACUAUUAAAAAGAACCUGCAGUUAUUUUAAGUUUCAUCUUCAUUUUGGAAUUAGUAUGGCCUUCUGAGGUUGUGUUAUAAACUCAUGUUUGUCAUCUAUUUAUAUUUUAUCCACUGGAAUGUAAUGAAGACCAGUGCUCUUGAUGCACAUGUCGUGUUA